GAAAAAGGUUCAUGGCGCUCACGAGCUCCGAGUGCCGAAUCAUCAGCGCUAAAAUAUCUAUCAAAACAUCAUUUUAUUUCGUGAGAUUCUCAGGAUACUUCGCCUUAAUUAGUACUAAUUAAAGUAAGCGUGUGUGCUGACGAUUCAAAAUGAUUAUUACGCUUAAAAAUCUUCAACAACAGACGUUUAUCGUCGAGAUUGACCCCUCGAAAACGGUUAAAGAAUUAAAAGACAAGAUCGAAGUUCAGAAGGGUUUUCCGGCUCAGCAUCAAAAACUCAUAUACGCGGGAAAAAUAUUGACCGAUGAGCAGCCUUUAACUACCUAUAAUAUUGACGAAAACAAGUUUAUCGUGGUUAUGGUAACAAAACCUAAGGCUGGCGCCGGCCCGAGCACUAGUGAGGAACAGCAUGCUGACGGUGACAAUAACAAAGAACACACAGCAGCUCGUCCAGCGACAUUAGCUACAACUCCUGCGACUCCAGAAGACCCACCUGCAGCAGUGUCACCGACUGGAAUUCAGGCAGAAAGUGCUUUAUUGAUGGGAGAAGAAUAUAAUACAAUGGUCAAUAACAUUAUGGAUAUGGGGUACGAUCGAGAGCAGGUUGAACAAGCUUUAAGAGCAAGUUUCAACAAUCCUGAUAGAGCAGUAGAAUACUUACUCACUGGUAUUCCAGCUCAGCUAUUUGAGGAUCCACCUGAAGACCCUCCUGAAGCCCAGGACCAGGCUCAAGAUCCCUUGGCAUUCUUACGCACCCAGCCACAGUUUCAACAAAUGCGUCAAGUGAUUCAACAAAAUCCGCAAUUACUAAAUGCUGUACUACAACAGAUUGGACAGACCAAUCCAGCCCUACUACAAUUGAUUUCGCAGAACCAGGAAGCCUUUGUUCGCAUGCUCAACGAACCUGUUGGUGCUGCGGCUGGAGCAGUUCAAGGAACGCCUGCAGCAGCGGCUGCUGUAGCCCAAGGAGGACUUACAGGUGGUACAGGUACCGUUGCGGGUGUUGGUGCUGGUGCUGGGGCAGGUGCGGGAGCAGGCGCAGGUGCGGGUCUUGGAGCCGGAGUGAUUCAGGUGACGCCACAAGACAAAGAAGCAAUCGAAAGGCUGAAGGCACUGGGAUUCCCUGAACAUCUUGUUGUUCAGGCUUAUUUUGCAUGUGAAAAAAAUGAAAACCUAGCGGCUAACUUUUUGCUGUCGCAAAAUCUCGAUGAUUGAGAACCCAUACUUAGGGGACCGCGUGUCACAGAGUUAACAGAUGCUAGAGACAAGAAUCAACACAAUGGCUAUGUGGUCAAUUAAUCUCAUCAUGCUUUUAAUGCACGAAUGGCUUUGUUGCUAACAAUUCUCUGGAUGGUGCAGACGAAACAGGCAUUCUCAUGUAACGUCCUUUGAUAAAUAUAAUUCUCUUUCAUCUAGAGAUAGGAGAAGUAUAUUAUGUAAAUUUCUUAUUUUAAAUAUUAACAUUUCAAGUAGUAAUCUUACAUACCAAUAUUAAGUCUUUCAUUACUUUAGAAAAAAAAAAGUUGAAAUUGUCUUUAGUAGCUAUUUUUUUUUUUUUUACUAGUUAGUUCAGUGGCUCUGUUAUAAUAUCUCAUGUGUACAAUGCAAUACAAAUUCUAAAAACUUACAAUAUAGUAUACCAUAAAAUUGACGUUGAUGUUAUACGUCUAUAUUUUCGGUUGUAUAAUAAUACAUAACACUUCUGCAAAACGAAUAUUAAUAAUAGAGCCAAAACUAACGAAUGCCUAAACAUAAUAGCCCAGAUUAAAUAUAAUAAUACGAAAAAAAAAUUCGUAAUUCGAGACUUCAUUUUCUCGUACAAAGUUAUUCACAGUCAAAGAAUUGAAUUUUAUCUAUGCAUAGUCAAACGAUAGAAAUUCUUUUGCUUUGUAUACCAUAAAUUGCGAACCAAAAAUGUAAUAAUAACAUUUUUCGAGGAUGGAUGAUAAGAGUGACAAUUUAAGAUAUCUAGAAUUUGUUUAAUCUUGUUUAAUAAAAAAGUUAGCCAAACUGUUGCACAAAGUUCAAUAUACUCCUUUAAUUUGUAGAUACAAUUGGGCAUUUUCUUAAGAGAUGCAGCAAUAUAUUUGCGCACAAAACUUUCAUCGUCCAACAAAGCUUGUCAAAAAACUGGCACAGAAUCGUCGAAGACCUUAGUGGGCUCAAAUACGGAUGGGUAACACGAUUCGCAGUUGUCUGUGCGAUUAGCUACAAUGUGAUAAGACGUCACUGGAGAGAAAUGAAGCUGAAAUUGUAAAUUCGAAUAUCCAUCUUGACCACAAAUUAUUGUUAUUUAUCAUGAUGUUACUCUUACAAACUCUUAUACACUGUUGUCUCUAAAGUCAAGUUACUCUGUGACCGUCACGAAAUUAAGUUUUCAUACCAAGAGAUGGUGAAAUUAAAUUUUUGUAUAGGAAAAACCCGAUAAAAAUAUAUGGAGUGUGUGUCUAUAUUCAUAGACAUACAUAUAUGCAAGUACACAUAUGCAUAGACUCACGAGAAAAAAGUGGAGCUUUUUUGAAAUGUAAAAUUUAAAAAUGAAUAUCAACAAGCAGCCAUUACAGUACGCAAUAUUUUCUUCAGGCAAGAUUACAACACCAACUAAACUAUUGCCUACAAAGAAAUCACAAGGUUACCAAAUCAGUUGGAGUUGCCUCAGUUGCUUGAAAAAAAAAUAAACUUAAUAGUUAAAUUGAAUAGCAUGGAUAUUGCACUGCAAUUGGCUAAACAAUAAUUGCGAAUAAAUUUUUAAUGUGAAUUUACGAGACCGUUUUAUUGCAAGUCUCGAUAUAAUGAUGGGGCUGAUGGAAAAGAAAUUGGAUAAUAAAUUUGUUUUUUGACAAAAAAAGAAAAAAAAACAGUACAAGAUUGUGCGUAAACGUUAACAAUUAGCUGCAGUUUCUUGACUUUACACGUUUACCUUCACUGUUUUGUACGUAUUGUUACUAUCUUACAAAAAAAUGAUACGUUCUCCAAUUUC